AUGGAACAGAAUUUCACCACCACGGUGACAGAAUUUAUCCUCUUGGGUCUCUGCCAGAAUCCUAAACUAAGAUUUCUCCUUUUCUUCAUUUUUCUGUUUGUCUAUAUGAUGACCUGGAUUGGAAACUUCACCAUCAUUGCCACAGUAAUCUUUGAUCUUCACCUCCACACCCCUAUGUACUUCCUCCUGGCCAACUUGGCUUUUGCAGAUGUGACCUAUGGGUCCAGCACUGUACCCCUCAUGUUGUCAGGACUCCUCACUCAAGGAAUGAUUGUCUCAUUUGCCAGCUGCUUUUCUCAGAUGUUCUUCUCCCAUCUUACAGGGGGAGCUGAAGUCUUUUUCCUUGGGGUGAUGGCUAUUGACCGGUAUAUAGCUAUCCAUAAACCACUGCACUACACAACAAUUAUGAACCAGAGUGUGUGUAUGGGGCUGGUGGCAGGAGCAUGGUUGGGUGGCUUUAUUCAUUCAAUUAUCCAGAUAAUACUGUUAGUACAGUUGCCAUUCUGUGGACCAAACAAACUUGACAAUUUCUAUUGCGAUGUUCCACAGGUCAUCAAACUGGUCUGUACAGAAACUUUUCUGUUGGAGCUGCUAACAGUCUCCAACAAUGGUUUGAUCACAACACUGAUAUUCAUCAUUUUGAUGUUAUCCUACACAAUCAUCUUGAUCAAAAUAAGGACACAUAUCACAGAAGGGAAGCACAAAGCUUUUUCCACAUGUGGAGCCCAGAUUGUAGUUGUGUGCUUAAUUUUCCUUCCUUCAACAUUGAUUUAUGCUCGGCCAUUCCGUACUUUCCCAUGGGACAAGUCUGUCUCUGUACUCUACACAGGCGUCACCCCAAUGCUGAGCCCUUUAAUUUACACUUUGAGAAACAAUGAAAUGAAAGCUGCCAUCAAGAGGUUUAGAAAGGUUCAUUUUAUUCAUAUAUUCACCUUAAAAAGUCCACACAAGGUUAAGCAUUGA